AUGUCCCCGGAUCAGCCGCCACCCCCCGUGCCUGCGGCGGCCGAUGCCAUUGGCGUCACCGCGCCCUCGCGAAGCAACAGCUUCUCCCAGCAGUCGCGAACAUCUGCAGAUUCCCAGACUGCUGCCGACUUCCUUCGCGACCAGCAACUCCUCGAAGCCGACGCCCGUGAAGCCCUCCCCUAUAGCAUCGACAGCUGCACCAAGAUCUUGGGCCCCCUGCGCCAAAACGUCUUCGCCUGCCUCACCUGCAACCCGCCGCCGCCCAAGCCCGGCGACCCCUGGACCCCGGCCGGCGUCUGCUACGCGUGCUCCGUCCAGUGCCACGGCGAGCACAACCUCGUCGAGAUUUUCCAGAAGCGCAACUUCACCUGCGACUGCGGCACCACUCGCAUCCCCGCCACGAGCCCCUGCACCCUCCGCACAAACGACGCCACAAACACAAAGGGGGGCGUGCACUCGGAGGAAGCAGACGCCAACAACAAGUACAACCAGAACUUCCGCAAUCGCUUCUGCGGGUGCGAAUGCGACUAUGACCCCUUUCAGCAAAAGGGAACCAUGUUCCAAUGCCUGGGCUUGGGCACCCAGGACCAGGGUGGCUGCGGCGAAGAUUGGUAUCAUCCCGGCUGUCUGGUCGGCAUGGGCCCCAACUGCAUUGCCGAAGAGGGCGCGGAACAGCCAGAAAAAAAGACGGACGAGGCUGUUGUCGAUGACGAAGACGACCCACCGAUGCCUCCUGGGUUUCCUGAAGAGGAAGAUUUUGAGGGCUUCCUGUGCUACAAGUGCGUCGAGUCGAACCCUUGGAUCAAGUUGUACGCUGGAACGGCCGGCUUCCUCCCGGCCGUCUUUCUCGAUCCGGCCGAAAAACCCUUCAAACCCGAGGUAGACGAUGCCGCUACAAAAAAGCGCAAGGCCGAUGGCGACGCGGAGGAGCAAGUCGAAGCGAAGCGCGUCAAGAACGAACCCCCCGAGGCCGUCAAGUCCCCCACCACCCAGAGCAAGCCAGAACCAGACAGCCCGUCAUCAUCGUCGAACUGCAAACAGUCCAGGUCCCCCCCCGCACCUGCCGGCCGCUUCUCCGUCUUCUUCAAAGACGGCUUCCGCAACCACCUCUGCCGCUGCACCGCCUGCCACCGGCGCAUGGCCCUCGAUCACCCGCAGCUCCUCGAGGAAGAAGACGUCUACGAGCCGCCCCUGUCGGCCGACGGGUCGCAGCACGGCGGCGGCGGGUCGACGCACGGCAGCGGUAGCCUGCUGGAGCGCGGCGAGAGCGCGCUGCGCAACGUGGACCGCGUGCGCGCCAUCGAGGGCGUCAUGGCCUACAACCACCUUAAGGAGCGCCUCAAGCCCUUUUUUCAGCAGUUUGCCGAGAGCGGUCGCGCCGUCGGCGCAGAGGACAUCAAGGCCUACUUUGCGCAGCUGCGUGGCGACGAGCAGGGUAUCCGCGAGGCUGCUGCCGCGGCCGCGGGGUCUGGGGACGGCCACGGCGGCGGCAGCGGCGAGGGGGGUGCCAGGCGGGAGCAGAGCGGGUACUGA